GCUUCAAAAAUGCAUUCCGCUGGUAAAGGAAUCUCCUACUAUUAUCGCUUGUUUAUGAUAAUAGGUCUCGCCCAAAAUACCAUCGAACAGAGCAGCAAUAUUCUACAAGAAUCGACGUAGCUUUCCUUAAGGCUUCGACUCUUAGCGAGCUACGUAAGAGAAGAUUUGCUCGGGCGUGCUGUGGAAUCCGGUCAUUCAGCGCUGGAAUUAGAGAAAUCGAAGUUCUAAAUGAUCUUCUAAAUUAGCAAAAUCUUCUAAAUGUUCUAAAUGAGCCUGAUAUAUCGAAAAUCGUUACUUUAGGAGGUACGUGUGUGUAACACAAGAUCAUCGAUUCCAUUUCAUGCACGUGAGAGUCAACUAAAUGAAAUAUUGUUUGUGAGAAUAUGGCAGCCCUAAGGAGUGAUUCUCCCAUGAUGGAUGAUGGAUAUCCUCAGCCAUCACUUUUACCUGGAGAAAUUGUUGUUGCUAAGGCUAUCAAUGUGCUCCGAUUUCAAACAAUGGCAGAUCGAAAGUCUGGGAUAUCUGGAGUGCUGUAUGCAACCAACUUCCGUAUGUCCUUCUUGACAAGAAACCCAAGUGCAGAAACGAAACUUAACUCUGUGUUUCAGUCAAAUCCUGAUUUAACUGAAGCUGGAGAAAUGUACUCAGAUAUGCAAAGAGAAAUGCACAUUCCACAAACUUGUAUAGAUGAGAUUUCUUAUUAUUCAAGUUCCACUGCAGAAGGAUCAAAAAUUAAGAAAGUGGUUCCUGGAUCACGCAUGUCUACUAAAGUUCAUUCCUUGGAAAUCCGUUGCAAGGACUUUAGAGUGGUAAGAUUUGGCUUAAAAUUUACUCCCAAAAAAGAUCAUCAAACCAUGGUGAAUGCAAUUUCCCAUUACAAGACACCAAGCUCCAUUGUUCUGUUGUUUGCGUUCCCCUACAGUAGAGCACAAAACUCUUUGGAAAAUGGCAAAGCCAGGCUGAACACCAUUCCAACUUUUCGAUCUCUUCCUGAUUGGCUGAAUGAGUUGAGCAGGCUCCAGGUUGAUGACACAUGGCGAGUAGCAACUGUCAACAAUAAAUUCCAGACAUGUCCAUCAUUGUCAGAGAUGUUUGUUGUACUUGCAUCCUUGUCAGAUUUGGACAUCAACAGGAUGUCACUUCAUUAUGUUAAUUCUCGUCUUCCAAUUUGGUGCUGGAGUCACCCUCGCACAGGAGUACCAAUGCUUUACAGUGGUGCAGGAAGACCAGAUAGUAUAUUUCUUGAGAAGGAAGAAACAUCCUUCUUCCAAGCAUUAUCAUCAAUUCCAAGCAACACUGAACACAAAGAGGUCAAGGUGAUUGAUACAACAAAGAUAUGUGCAACCACAAAAGACCUACAACAGAGCUUCCUCAAGGUCAGAGAGCUGUGUGUGUUGGAGACAAGCAAGGAGUUUUGGAGCAUUGAUCCUCAUUGGCUUUCAAGUCUGGAAACAUCAAGAUGGCUGAAUUAUGUUCGGUUGUCCCUUGUUGCUGCUAUGAAUGUUGUGCGGUCAAUCUGUAAUGACCGGUCACCAGUUAUUAUCAAGGAAACUGGGGGUCGUGAUUUUGCUGUGGUUGUAGCAAGUCUUGCUCAGCUCAUUUUGGAUCCAUAUUACAGAACAAUAAGAGGGUUCCAGACUCUUAUCCAGAAAAUGUGGGUGCUUGGAGGACAUCAGUUUCUCUUGCGCUGUAAUCACACCAUUCAGCCUACCCAGGAAAUUGACAAGGAAGAGUCCGGAGAGUCACCAGUGUUCCUUCAUUUUAUUGAUUGUGUGUAUCAACUCACUCAGCAGUUUCCAUCUGCAUUUGAAUUCUCUGAGACAUAUCUUCAUGCUCUUCUUGACACUGUACAUGCAUGCAUGUUUGACACAUUCUUGUUUGACUCUGAGAAGCAAAGAUCAGAGAUGUGUCAAGUGGAAUUAAAAGGAAACUCCAUGGCAUCCUUGUGGGAGUUUGUUGCAGAGCAGCUUGCUGAAUCAAGAAACUCAGGGCCUUAUCUUAAUCCACUGUUUGAGUACAGAAAUUAUUUGGAUGAAGAUGAAAAUGGAGUGAAUGAGGAGUCUGUUUACUUAAGAGUGAACACCCUUGCUCCAGGUAUAAAAUUCUGGUCGGGGCGUUACCUAAGAUGGCUCCCCACAGUUCACGUGAGCACAGGAAUGGGAGAGAACUCCUCAUUGCAAUUCCAGCAGAUGAUCCUUGUGAAUGAAUUAAGGGUGUUGCGGCAUCGUUUGGCUGUCAACAAGUAUGAGCAAACUCCUGAUGCAAACUCAAUUGAUGGACACAAAAUUCGUGGUCUGGACUCCACUGAUUUUGAAUUUAGCACUGAUUUUAGUUUGGACUUGGAAACAAGCAAACUACUCACUUCUAGCAUGCCAUUUAUUGGAGAUCUGGCCCUAAGCAAGUAUUACACUGGAGAUUUGCCAUCAGCAAAUGGAUCUUCCAACAAUACAGUUGAUGUUGGAAAGUUUUGACUGUGUUAUUGUAUUGGUUGGAGUCAAGUUGGAAGCUUAGAUUAGCCAAGAAGAUCCUAUAACAGCACAGCUUUGGUGCGGCAGUGUAGAUGGUUCUUCAAGUGGUUGUUAAGGGAACUAUGUUUACAGAGAUGGCAAUGAAGUAAAUCUAGUGUUCUCCUUUUCAUGUGGUAACACAUGAAAUUUACCACCUGUAGUACCUCUUAUUACAGCCUAACAUCUUUUGGAAUUCUUUUAAAUUAAGCUGGUAAAAUGAUUGCUCUGCAGAUUUGAAAAUUGAUUUUACUUGUCAUACUUAAGAUAGGGGAGGACAGUGUAAAUGUAUCAGUUCACCAGAUAAAGGCACAUUUAUAAGUUACUGUCAAACUCAGAAAACCAUGUCCACCAGAAAUGUGAUGACCGUUUCAAAGAAGGCCAAUAAAGUUUGGCUGUUUGACCUCUGAACUUGCAUGACAUGAUAUGGAGAGAAGUCAGCCACAACGCUCUCCUGAGUGCUCACCCACUCAAAUGUUAGAACUCAACACAGAACAUGGCUUUACUUUCGAAAGUCAGUUGUUGAGGAUUAAAAAAUGACAGAUAGCAGUGUUACAAGGAAACAAAAGAUGUGGCAGUUGACUGAUUUGGGCAUACCUAAGAUUAAGAGAAAUCCUGCAGAAUGAUUUUUUAUUCAAGAAAAAAUCUUCUUAAUAAUUUUUAAUUCAACUGGUUCAGGAGAUUUUCUUCUUUUAACUCUUAAAUUCCCAAAUCAAAUUAAUAAUUCUCCUUACUCUCAACCAUACAAUUCCUACAGUGUUGGUUCAAAGAAUUUAGUAUUGGAUCAACUAAUUACCCCCAAAUAGAUAUUUUUCUCUGUUCUCAUCACUUAUCUGGUUGAUUUUGUAAUGAUGCUGUAAGGAGAAGUUCUUUCUUGGUCACUCAUGGGAGUUAAAGGGUUAACUGACCUGAGAAAUGCUCUUGUUAUUGCUAACUAAGCUCACAUUCAAGAGACUCAAGAGUCUAAUUAAUUUGUUAAUGUUUAUUAUUGGAGUCAAUGAAAUUAAAUAUUAAGCUUUAAUUGAUGAGAUUGUAAAUUUUGAGUUGAGAAUUUUGAGUUACUCACUUAUAUGGUAACAAAUAUCAGUGUUUACUUCCACAAUGUUUUGACCUUUUGCCUCUUUUGGGCCAAAAUUUUAAGAUUUUUAGGAAAAAUGCUAUAUUAGUAUUUUUAAUAUUAUUAUAUAGUGAAGUUAUAAUAAGAAUGAAAUAUUCCUGUUAUAAUAAUCAUCAUAAUUAUCAUCACCUUAACAAUUAUUAACUGUUUCACACCUUAAGGUUGCAGUUGUGCAGAUACUGUAUUUCCUUGAAUAUUAAGUGCACUCAGCCCCCCACCCAAAUUAGGGCCCACCCCUCAGGCCAUUAUUUCAAACAAGUGUGAAACCACCCCCCCCCCCCUUCACUAAGUACCUCCCUCAAUUAAGUACCCUCCGUCCAAUGAGCACCUCCUCUAAGCAAAAGUUUAAAUCUUAUUUGAGGACACAUGAUAAUGGAAGAUGAAUUGUCUGUUUCUGUAGAUAUAAUAAUUCAUCAGGUCAUAGUUAUUAAUUAAAAAAUAAUGUAAUUUUUUUAAAUGAAAUUGAAAUUAUGAACACCAUGCAAUACUAUUAAAAAAGAGAUUUUUUAACCCUUUUACUGCUAGAAGUGAUUAACAUGUCACUUCUCCCAAUAAUAUCUCCACAUUAUCCAGCAAACAGGUAAUGAGAACACCUAACCUUAUCAAGAAGCUGUUGUCCUGAUCUAACACAAAAUUUUUGUAACUAGUUCACUAAGAAAUGUUAAGCAGCUAGAGAAAUGAAUUAACAAUCAGGUCUUGGAGUUAAAGUAUUAAUUGAAAACAAUUUAACUGGUUUAUGUGUGAGCUAAGGAAUCAAUACUUUUAUUUGCCAUGUAUUUAUUGUAAGUUGAAUGUAUGAUGUACGUGAAUAUAUGAACAAUUAAAUCAUAUCCUAAACCUAGAUGAAGUUUACUCAAAUCUUUUAAUUACAACUGAGACUCAAACUUGAUUCUGGUACACAAUGAAACAGUCCAUUUAAUAACAUAUCAACCCCUUUAACUGACACUUAAAAGUGAUUAGCAUCUAAUUUCUCCGUACAUUAUUCCCCCAAAUAAAGGAAAUGAUCACUAACCAAAGCAGUUCUCGAUUGUUAAACAAAUCCUCCCUGUCAGCUCUUUAGGAAAUGUGUAGAGAACAGUAUAGAGAAUAUACAUACUGAUGUUGGGGUGUUGAGGGUUUUAAAUUUUUUUCCAUAACUUGUAGACUCUU